AUGGCGGAGAGCCGGAGAGACAAAAUCCCACCAUUAAAAAGUGGUGUGAUGAAUUUGCAGAAUGGAGUUUUAUUGUGGUUUGAGUCUUUUGGGUAUGAUAUGCAGAACAUAGUUCUGACUGAGCUGUUUUUGAAGCUCUUCAAGAGGGUAGAGUACACAAUUCCAACUUGGCGCUGCUGCAGUUUUACUGCUUUAUGUACUUUUCUGGUAGAAGAAGGGGGAUGUUGCAUUCUCGAUUCGAAGUUCGUUGGUUGUGACUCUCGAGCGUGUAUUGGGAAACGAGACUAUCGUUGA